GCACAGUCUGAUUUUCAGCACAUUGAAAGUGAACCAAAUAAGAAUAAUUGUAGCUUUUACUUUGAUUUCACGUUUAAAUUUUAUUUUGGCAUGACUGAUCCAUUAGACUGAGAAUAAUAAUCCUCGUUUACUAAGCCUUAUAUAUAUAUAUGUAUAACGAAAUCGAAAGGUUAAACGACAUCGUGCCUUUCCACCCAUCCAACGAUGGCGCGUCGACUUCGAGACAUCUAAACUCAAAAUACAACAUGAACUUUCCUUCGAUUUCUAUUGUAUCCUAUUCAGAUUCCAGUUCCGAGAGCGAUGACAUAAAGGAUGACCCGGUGAAUUGUGGAAAAAAGAGAAAGAUGUGUGCGAAAAGAAAUGAAACUGGUGGAAAAUCUUGCAGAAAAGCAUGUUCAAGUAGCAGUGAUACGACUUUCGAAACAAUUGUCAAGGAAAGGUUACCUUUACCAGGAGCUAUUCAUUCAAUGUUCAGUGACAAGGGACAGGUUAUGGACAACCCUGCAGAACAUGGUGGUCGCAUUCGAUCUUUUCCUCAUUUAGAGGGAAACUGGGCAUCCUAUGUUUACAUUCCAGUUGAUCCUGAUAGCAGAAUGAAAACAUUCAUAGAAGAAUUAAUGUUGUGCCUGAGACCUUACAAGUUUUCUGUCAUGGAUGAUCCACACAUCAGCCUUUCAAGAACUGUGUGCAUCCGCCACCACUGGAUUGAGCCUUUAGUGACAUCACUUAAAAAGGAGUUUCAAAGUUUACAGAGUUGUGUCUGUAAAGUGAAGCAGAUAAUACUAUACACAAAUGAUGAGAAAACUCGAACAUUUGCCAGUCUAGAGGUCUGUUCAGAAAGCACUACUCUUAUGGAGUACAUUAGAGCAGCAGAUAUCUGUUUACAGGAAUACAAGCUUCCAGCAUACUACAAGAACCCAUCCUUCCACAUUAGUCUGUUAUGGUGUGUGGGUGAUGUGGUUAAUCAAAUUCCUGAGGAAGCUUACCUUAAACUCCAGAAACUGACAAGAGAUUUCUUGGAUGAGAAUCCUGAUCUGAGUAUCAUAUCUGUUGAUAAAAUUUGCUUAAAGACUGGUUUCAAAAAAUUCUUUUUCCAUCUACAAAGUUAAAGAGAUAUUCUAAUGCUUUUCAAAUGUUUGCAAUCUUGUUGACUUCUUAUUUACUUGUUUUAUAUUACCACAGUUAUAUUGUAAUAAAAGACAAGCUGUGUA